AUGUCUCAUCCACUUAGCAUUCUCUCCAUUGAAGAAACCAAUUUGGCCCGUGAUGUGGUCAAAGCUGCUCAUCCAAAUGUGGUAAUUGACUUUCGGGAGAUCUUCCUACAAGAACCACCCAAAGCUCAACUCCAGGAAUUUCUAGCGGUUGAACAUGCCGGUCGCUUGAGCCCAACUACCCCACGACCCCCGCGUUUAGCGCUGUGUCAAUACGAUGUGAUUGGAGUGGACCGUAUUCCUCAGUUUCACGAAUCUGUGAUUGAUGUGGUUUCACAGUCGCGAGUGAAACACACAGUGGUGGGGAAGGAACACCACGCCAGUUUGACUCUGAGUGAGUUUGAUGUGCUCGUCGACCAAUGUAUGAAAUCACCUUUGUUUCAGAAAGCACUGUCGGAAUUCGAUCUUCCUGAAGGUUUCGAGGUCGUUAUUGAGCCAUGGCCGUAUGGUGGCUUGGAUCAUACCGAUGAAAACCGUCGGUUUUUCCAAGGCCUUUGUUUUGCUCAGGACAAACGUUCUGGGAAUGAAGAUUCCAAUUUCUAUUCUUUUCCCUUGCCCAUCAUUCCCGUGAUGGAUGCCCACACACAAGAAAUUAUCCGGGUAGAUCGACCCGCCACCGGCGGUAAAGGCGAUGGUCUACUUGAACAGACCUUCAAACGGGAUAUCAUUGGCCACUGCAAGCCGUCCGAAUAUGUGCCAGAGCUGAUGCCCGAGGGGACUCGAAAGGAUCUCAAACCACUGAAUGUGGUCCAGCCUGAGGGUCCGUCCUUCCGAGUCACCAACGAGUCUCUUGUGGAAUGGCAGAAGUGGCGGUUCCGUGUUGCUUUUAAUCCACGAGAAGGCGCAACGAUUCACGACGUCUCGUAUGACGGCCGUAGUGUGAUGCACCGGCUGGCAAUCAGUGAAAUGACCGUCCCCUACGCUGAUCCUCGACCACCUUUCCACCGAAAACAAGCCUUUGAUUUUGGUGACGGAGGCGGCGGGAAUAUGGCUAACAACCUCUCGCUCGGCUGUGACUGUCUUGGAGUCAUUAAAUAUUUCGAUGCCAUUAUCACCCAGGCAGACGGAACCGCCCAGAUCCUUCCGAAUGCGAUUUGCCUCCAUGAACAAGACAAUGGAAUUGGCUGGAAGCAUUCUAACUGGCGCACUGGCCGUGCGGUCGUUACGCGGAACCGGGAGCUUGUCGUCCAGUUUAUCAUCACGCUGGCCAACUACGAAUACAUCUUCGCCUAUAAAUUUGAUCAGUCAGGCGGAAUUACAGUCGAAGCACGCGCAACCGGUAUCUUGAACGUUGUCAAUAUUGAUUCUGGUAAGGUCAGUGAUUAUGGAAAUGUAGUGAGUGGUGGUGUUCUCGCCCAGAACCACCAGCACAUUUUCAAUAUCCGCAUUGAUCCAGCCAUCGAUGGCCCCAACAACUCUGUGGUGGUAGAGGAAUCUCAUCCAGUCCCAAUGAAUGCCGUUACCAACCCCAACGGAAAUUUCUAUCAAGUCACCAAGCAGACCGUAGAGCGUGCAUCUUGGAUCGAUGCCGCUCCGCAGCUCAAUCGGACCAUCAAGAUGAUCAAUCCCCAUAUAAAGAAUCCUAUCAGUGGAAACCCCGUGGGUUAUAAGUUUAUCCCGCUGGCCACUCAGACUCUAUUAGCCGAUCCUGCAUCGGUGCAGGCGCGCCGGGCUCAAUUUGCUCAACACCACGUUUGGGUCACGAAGUAUCGCGACGGGGAGCUGUAUGCUGGAGGUCGUUAUACUUUGCAGAGUCAAAUUGAAGUUGAAGGUGUCUCGGAUGCUGUUCUUCGGGGUGACUCUGUCGUUGAUACCGACGUGGUGGUUUGGAAUUCCUUUGGCAUUACCCACAAUCCUCGUGUAGAGGAUUGGCCUGUGAUGCCCGUUGAGAUUUUUCAACUCAUGAUCCGACCCGCGGACUUCUUUGUGGCCAACCCGUCGCUUGAUGUGCCUUCGAACAAGAAUGUCACGGGGUCUCGGUUUAUCUUUCCGAUUUCCGAGGUUUCCCUCUUCAACUCCUCGAGAAUGGUUUCCGAAUCUCAGGAUUCAUCUCGAAAAAGGGCUAAAUAUACUCAGGUGGCUUGUAAUGAAUGCAAACGACGCAAGCUGAAAUGUAGUGGUGGCUUGGUCUGUGUGAGAUGUUCUCGUGAUCAGAUCCCUUGUGUCUACACCAGUCGUCCCUCUAGCACGAUCCACGAGACCAGCAAGGAUGAAAGAGAAAAUGUCCGAUUUCAAGCUGUGGAUAGACAAUUGGAGACACUUCGGCGGGAAAUGCGGACCCUUUCCGCUCGUGUUCAUGAACUUGAAUCCACUCCUGCCUCGCCCCCACUAACUGGUCUGCACCGUAUUCUAGAUGCUCCUAGGUCUCCAACGUAUGUCGGACCUACGAGUGCCGAGUUUGGGCUCACCCGAAAGUCGUUAUCCCAAGCUGGCGACUGUACUAUUGACCACCCCGGUGACCUAUCAACAACUGCCCCCAGUCCUGCGCCUUCGGAUAGAGGCGAAAAUGCUCUUGGGAAUAGCCUGGGGGUAGAUGAAACCUUACGUUUAGUGCAGGUCUAUGAGGAUACAGUCGGUGUAAUGUACCCUUGUGUCGACUUGGAUGGAGUGCGAGCAUACGUCCUCGAGUUCUAUCGCUCUCAGGAUUCAACCACAGCGUCUUCGUCUGUUUUGUCGAUGCAGACAGCCUCGGAUCAGGAUUGGUUUUCUGCACGCGAUGUCCAAGUCCUGAAGAUUCUGCUGGCGACCGCUCUACUAGUCGAAUCGCAUGGUCGCAGCGAGCGUGCCGCUCAGUUGGCUGAUAGUGUGGAGGAUCGCUUCGCUAGCCGAUUGAAAAUUGCGGAGGUGGAUAUGAAAGAAAUUCUGAUUCUGACUCUGUUGUCGAUUUUUCACUCUUACCGCGAUGAUGAAGUCAUCGCCGGGCGUUUGAUUGGCAUGGCAGUUCGAGGGAGUACGGAGCUCGGUCUUCAUCGUCAAGAAACAUGGCAAAAGACGGGAGGGGUUUUCCCGGGCGAAUUGGAAUGGACGUGGGCAAGCCGACUGUUCUGGUGCAUCUAUGUGUUAGAUCGCAAGUGUGCCUUUGGCACCGGGCUGCCAUUCGCCAUUCAAGAUUCUGAUAUUGACACCAACUUGCCUGAGCCGGGCCACUCUACUCCGUACCUGACUUGCAUGAUCUCUCACGCACGCCUGAGCACAAAGAUAUGGGGCCUGGUCGUUGGAUGGCCCAACCGGUCACAGGCGGCCACAACAGAUGGUUGCGCUUACUUGGACGCUCAGGUUCAGCAAUGGAUUCAUUCUAUUCCUCGUGAAUUGCGGUUUGAUCCGGCUGCAUCAGAGCAGACCGAUCGAGCUAUGAUGCUUCAGGUGCUUCUUGCUCUACAGGCAAACCAACUUCGAAUUCUUGUGUAUCGACAAAACUUGCUCAGCGAUGAGCGGAUAGCGGACAAUGUGACCGGUGCAUCGACCGCCGUGGAAACGGCGAAGAGCACCGUUCAUAUGUUGGACUAUUUUAGCCGAGUCUCAAGUAUAUAUUUCCAGCGCCCGGAGCCAUUCAACUAUUUUCUCUUGUCUGCCCUCGCUGCCCUCUUCUUGGCCGUUUUACAUGCCCCGGCGCGUUUCAGCCAUGCUUGCCGGCCCGAAUUUUACACAGCUGUGGACAUGGUUCGCCGGUCGGCAACCCGCGCCCGUACUUCCCGGAGAUUGCAAAAGAUCCUUCACAGUUUGAAACAGUUGAACCUGAGGUGGGAAGCUGGCCGACAGUCUGGAGGUCAUCCCACAAAGGCAGAUUUCAAGGGGAAAGAGCCUCAUUCGCGUGCUACAUCUUUGUACCCCGGCAUAUGGGAUACGACGCCGGUAUCAACCACAGAGUCUGCCGCUGCAAAUUGUACCCCCAGCCUCCAUCAAACAUCUGGGACAACUACUCAGCUCUCAUCGAACACUUUCUGGCCAAUGUCACCUGGUACAGUAGAUGGUCCUCAAUCCAAUGUCUGCGAAGACUUGAGCAGCUUUUUUGAGAUUGCAGGUGGAUUUUAUUUUGACCCUCAAACCGGCUUGGACAGCGCUGUCGGAGCAAAUGUGGCGUUGGCUCCUCCAGGUGACACGCGAUCGCCUGCGCUGGACGCCUUUCAUGCCGAGGAUGAGGCAUUGACACGAGUCAUGGCUGGCUUGUUAUGA